CUGGAUCUUGGCUGGAUCAGCUGCCCCCCUUGCGACUAGUCCACUUUAGUCCCGGCAUCUGACGGCAUAGAGGCGACGAUAAGACAUCCAAUGUAGAUUGGCUGCUUCUCCUCCUGGGCUCCCUGAGCUGUUUGCAUCGAAAUCCUUUGUUCCUGCUAAAUUGUUAUUAGCUCAUCGAGUGAUGUCUUAUGUACCCACCGCAAAGUGGAUACCCUGCUGACAUGGAGGAUACCCGGGAAACAGCCAGCCCCAUGUAUAUCAUCCCCCCUCCUCACAUUUCGUUAUCUCCCUACGCACUCAUACCGCAAGAAGAUGACUUCACCCGGCCAGCUGUCCUCGCCCAUGGACGAAAAAAAGCCAGAGAUCGACCAUGUCGAACACAAAGCCGAACCCGUCGAGCAUGUCGAAGACCUCAAGAAGCCGGUCGAUACUACGGUUGAUAGUGCAGUUUCCCACGAGAUUGAAGUGCUGAGGUCGAUGUCUGAUGAGGAGCUGGCCGCGGAGGAGAAGAAGCUGGUCCGAAAAAUCGACAUCGCCCUCAUGCCAACACUCUUCGUCCUACUGAUCCUCAACUAUCUCGACAGAAACGCCCUGUCCUCGGCUCGAGUGCAGGGUAUCGAGAAAAGUCUCGGAAUGGUGGGCAACCAAUUCAACACUGCAAUCAGUCUCUUGUUUGUCGGCUAUAUUCUUGGUCAAAUCCCGUCCAACAUGAUUCUAUCCAAGACGCGUCCUUCCAUCUAUCUCGGUACUUGCGUCAUGAUUUGGUCACUGGUCUCGCUGUCUACUGGUUUCGUCAAGAACUACCACCAGCUCCUCGCCGUCCGAAUCCUUCUCGGCUUUACUGAAUCACCUUACUUUCCGGGCGCUCUCUUCCUCCUUUCGACUUGGUACACGAAACAAGAGCUCGCAUUCCGAACCGCCUUCCUGUACUGCGGGUCGUUGCUGGCUGGUGCUUUCUCAGGACUGAUCGCAGCCGGUGUCGAAAAUGGUCUGGACGGCGCAAAAGGUAUGGAAUCCUGGCGAUGGCUGUUCAUCGUUGAUGGAUCCGUCUCGGGCUUCUUUGCCAUAGUCUCUAUAUUCAUCCUCCCCGACUAUCCUGCCACCACCCGCUGGCUCAGCACACGUGAAAAGGCCAUCGCAGUAUGGCGAAUGGAGCGAGACGGUGGGCAGAGGGAUGAAGAUGAUGAAGGGAUGUUCAAGGGAUUGAUGAUGGCCUUGACUGAUUAUCGACUGUACCUUCUUGCGAUCAUCAUCAUCACCAAGACGACUGCUGCGGCUGUCACCCAGUUCAUCCCUACCGUCAUCCAGACUUUCAAGUUUAACAAGGUCAUAACCCUCUUACUUUCUGCCCCACCAUACCUUGUGGCUUCCGUCAUCUCGCUUCUCGUCUCAAGGCUAUCCGACCGUCGACCAGAGAGGUGCUGGCAUAUCGCUAUCCCUGUCGCAGUCGGCAUGAUUGGUAACAUUAUCGCAGUUUCAUCACUCAAUACGGGCGCACGAUACUUUUCCAUUUUCCUCAUGUUGGGAGGUCUUUAUGGGUGUUACACUGUAUCCCUUUCUUGGAUCUCAACUACGUUCCCCAGACCUCGUACGAAGCGUGCAUCCGCAUAUGCCGUCAUCAAUGCCCUAGGAAACAUCGCCCAAGUCUACUCCCCAUACCUCUACCCCUCCACCGACUCGCCACGCUACACUACUGCAUUCGCUACCAACUCUGCCAUAACGGCUUUGGCUGUCGUGUUUUGUUUCGUAUUGAGGGCGAUUCUGAAGAGGGACAAUAAGAGGAUGGAUAGGGAGGAAAUGGAGGCGGAGGAAAGGGGGUUGGAGGUGGAGGGAAGGGCGAGAUAUGUUUUGUAGACUCGUCUUGCUGGAGUGAUUGUUGCUUUUGUAGUAUUGUAUGCCGCUGUAUGCUGUGGAUCUUUU